UCACUGGUCACGUUGGUAAUUCAUCAUCAAAUUAAACAUGGAUUAUAUGAGGAUAAUGUUUGGUGUUGUAAUGCUGCAUGUUCAUGGAGCAUCGGCAUCUGUUUAUAUAUCUACCACUAGUAGAGGAUAUACAAGCACAGAGACUGGUAGCCCUUACUUUGAGUGCUACAGGAGUUCUCCUUCUUUGACUGCUGCUGUGUCUAACGGGAGGUAUGUCUAUCUAUACAAUGAUAGGCUCCCACCAGUUAAUGCAGCUAAUGCUGAUCCACCGCCCAGUGUUGCUUUUGAUGCUGGUAAUCCACCAACUCAAUCCUACCGAAAAAAUCUUGAGACAAAUGAUCACAUGUCAUAUGGUGCCUUCUACUGUGCUGCAUCCCUGGAUGGAGAACGCUCUGUUGUACCGACACUCUUCUUGAGAUCUGAUGCUAGGUUUGUGCCAACAAGUGGCAGGUUUUCGAAGACUGUCAACAAGGGGGAUGUGAACGUCACGGUUGAUUUUACUGAGAUUACUCCUAGUGUGAUACUCAUGAACUGGAGGUUUAAUGGUACAACUGAUAUGACUGAAACUAUUUCUGUUGGAACGAUCUUUACGGAAUUGACUGUCUACACAAUCAUAGGAGAGGUAGAUACCUCACAUGGUGGUGUUUAUGAGCUACAUUUGGAAAGUGAGAGGGGACUGGCAAGAGCUGGACUUCUUAGACUGAUCGUUAGAGCAUGUCCUGCCGGUCGCUAUGAUGAAUCUAGUGGAUGUACCCAGAUAUGUCCAUCAUGUUACAAUGGAGGAAUCUGUCAUGAUCAAACAGGGAUAUGCAUCUGUCCUCCAGGAUUCCAGGGAGAUGGAUGUGAAAUGGCAUGCGGUAGAAAUCGCUAUGGUCGUAACUGCGAGUACAGAUGUGACUACGAGCUUUCAGAUGAUAGCACAGCAUGUAGUGGACUUCAGGUUUGUGUGCCCGAUCCCUAUGGAUGUUCAUGUACACCAGGAUACAAAGGAUUGAACUGUACUACAGAAUGUGAUCAAGGUGAGUUUGGAGCCAGCUGUACGGAGACAUGUCACUGUGUAUCAGGAGAGUGUGAUCGAUUUACUGGAGUCUGUACAGGAAGCUCUACUAAAUGUGAACCAGGAUGGACAGGGACCAACUGCCAAGAAUGCAUGGUUGGUAGAUAUGGACCUAAGUGUGAGCGUAAGUAUAAUUGCAAUAUUACUGGUAUACAAAUAUUGCAUGCUUCGGCGUUCAAAAUAACACAAAUAAACAUACAUACUAUGUUGAAAAAAGAAUGAACAAAGCUUGAGCAGAGCUUCUUCUUCAUA